UUGACAAGUUAUGUUAUGUAUUGUAUAUUUCCAAAAUUGUAAAUGACAAAUAUGUGACAGUGUUUAAAAAUUAUCGGCCUAACGAAUGAAUUGUGUUUAAAUAAAGUGAAUAGUUUCGAUCGUCGAUCAAAUUCAUACUUAUAAAAUGGGAAAGCGAAAACAAGGGGCCCCACAAAAGGUGGAUGGAAGAUUAAGAAAGGAGCUGACAUGGAACAUGUUGGAUAGAAAUACCGAAGACGAACCUCUGAAUAUUCUACAAGACAACGAUCCCGAGCUGCUGGAUGAAUUACAGAAUAUAGCUGAUAUUCACUUACCAAAAAAGCAGCAAAAGCUGACUGAAAAUGAUCCAAAACAAUUGCAAAGUCGCCCUUCCACAUCUGAUUUCUCUUUAAGUUACAACAAAGAUGAUUUAGUGGACAUUUUCAAUCUGUAUGUGAAAAAGUCAUCUUGCAAGUUUAACUUAUACAAAGAUUUGACGAUUAGGAAAGGAAGUCACAGUUUUGAACUUGCAAAGUUUGAUAUAUCAUUGUUACCUUUUCCUCUAUUUUUUCCUUUACCAAGUGAUGGAUGGUCAGAAGUUGAAAGUUUUGUUGUUCAUAUCAGUGAGGAAGAGGACAAGCAUGUUAUUAGCUAUGGUGCUGGGGAGAACCGUACAAAAGUGGUUAAAAAUUCAGCAAAGAAAUUUAACAAAAAUAAUGCAGAAAAGAAUGUAAAGUUUUGGCUGUUCUGCACCCAAAUUCCAAAAGAAGUUUUGCAGUCCUUGAAAUGCAAGUCGUUACAUGUUUCUGUGGACAGUGUCGAUAUUGAACAUUCAUGUAUGACAAUAAAAGUGUCUGGUACGGAAGAUUUCCAAAAUCAGACGAGAUAUCCCAGUGACCCUGUGAGACCAAGGCUCAUGAAUGAAUCUCUGAAAGUAUUGAUGGACCAUUUCUACAGUGUGGCUGCUCCAUGUUAUGACAUCUUACCCUUCACCAAGAAACAUGACAUUGAUGCUUUGUUCAAAGUGAUCAAGGACAACCAUGAAAGGUGCCCGCUACAGCACUUGCCAGAUGUUCAACACAAGGACUUGUUGCCAAGGUUACGGCCAUAUCAACAGCAGGCAAUCACCUGGAUGGUGAAUCAGGAAUUGAGGGCAAAGAAUCUUACUUCCUCAGGUGGUCUUCACAUUUUGUACACACCAGUAGAAACUCAGGAUGGCCAGGUCCUGUACUACAACCGAUACGCUGGAGUGUUGGUAAGGAACUACCCAGAGCAGGUUCUCCCAACAGCAGGUGGUAUCCUUGGUGAUGAGAUGGGGCUGGGGAAGACUGUGGAGGUGCUGGGGUGUAUGUUGCACCACCCAAGGGAGCAUGUCCCCCAGCCAGCACCUCUGCCAGUCGUGGAAGACAAUGAAGUUGAAGAUGUAACAGACAAGAAGAAGAAGAAAAAGAAACGAAAGAAGAAAAGGAUUGUGCCAAUGGAAUCGGAAGGCUCCGAUUCAGAUGAGACAGUUAUAUACAUGGACCUGGACACAGAUAUUAGCUCGCUUAAUCUGACUGAAAAGGACAUUGAUAAGAAUAAAGAAAAUAAGGUUGAAAUAGAUCAAGCGUCCAACCAAUCAAGUGGUAGAUAUGAGUCAUGUGACAGUGGCAUACUGCAGACUGCUGUUGAGGACCAAUCAAAUGUGCCAAAUAUAUCAGGUGAUUCUCCAACUCUUGAAGACUCCAAACAUGGUGUUUCUUUGAAAAGUGGAAAGCAAAAAAAUAAUGUUAAAAGUGGUCUUGAACAGACUGACAAACAGAAUGUUAAGAAAAGCACAGAGCCAAAAGAGAGGAAGUCUUGUUCGUCUAGGAUUGAGAAGCCAGACAAUGACGACAUGAAAAAUGAGCCAAAACAUCAUCACAAGAACAUAUUCACAGAGCAACCAGCAUAUCACAAGUCCAAAUUUGAGUGUGUAUGUGGGGCGCAUAGGUUCCAGUCAGGAAAGAAGUGGCAGAGACUCCAUCCGGUACAGUGUAUGGUGUGUCGACUCUGGCAGCACGCUGAGUGUGUCAAGUAUGAUGUGAAGGAUCCGCUUCGUGGGGAGUUCAAGUGUCCACACUGUCACGCUGCGGGGGAGCCGAUACCCUCGGGCGCAACAUUAAUUAUCUCCCCUGCAUCCAUCGCUCAUCAGUGGGUUGACGAGAUCAUGAAACAUGUGGCACAGAAGGCCAUCAGUGUCAUGAUGUACGAGGGUGUCGGCAUGAGCAAGCAGCAGUAUGUUCAGCCCCGAACGUUGGCCCGCCAGGAUAUCGUCAUUACUACAUACGAGACACUCCGCAAAGAACUGGACUACGUCGAUCUUCCUCACUCCAACAGUGCAGAUGGUCGUAAACUGCGUCACCCAAAGAGGUUUAUGGCUAUUCCAAGCCCGUUGACUGCUGUCCAAUGGUGGAGGAUUUGCCUGGAUGAAGCGCAAAUGGUGGAAUGCACCACAACUAGGACUGCUAUGAUGGCGUUGAGAUUGAGUGGUGUAAACAGAUGGUGCGUGACUGGCACACCCAUUCAGAAGGGACUUGAAGACCUGGUGGGCCUGUUCCUUUUCCUCGGAGUGGAGCCCUACUAUCACCUGCAGUGGUGGCACCAGCUGCUGUAUGACCCCUACUGUCAUGGGGUCAUGGAGCCUAUGCACAACCUCCUCACCUCUGUCUUAUGGAGGACAGUGAAGAAAGAUGUCCUCGAUCAGAUUGACAUCCCAGAGCAGAGACAGGAAGUUACAUGGCUGAACUUCAGUCCUGUAGAGGAACACUUCUACCGCCGACAGCACCAGGUCUCGGCUAGACUCUCCAUGCAGACAUUGAGCAAGUGGUCAGACAGCAGUGUGAAACUGAGCAGUCUGGACAGAAAAACUGUAUCACAGAUGCUGUUUCCCUUGGUGAGACUGAGACAGGCCUGCUGUCAUCCCCAGGUUGUCCGAGGGGAGUUCCUGCCACUUAAGAAAGAUGUGAUGACGAUGGAUGAGCUGUUGGAAUCGCUGACUAAAAAGGCCAAGUUAGAAGCCGAAGAGGCCCACAGGCAACUGGUGGCUGCCAUGAACGGGCAAGCAGGCUUACAUAUCAUACAGGAUGAGUAUGGAGAUGCAGUUGAGAAGUACCGAGAGGUGUUGAGGUCUGUGGAGGAGCACAGGGACAUGUUAAAGACUGACGGGCUGCAGCAGCUCCAUGCCAUGUACAACCUACAUGAGAUCCUGCAGGCAAAGCCCGCCGGAGUGGAUCCAACAUUGCGUGACCACUUGCUUGAGAAACAGAUAAAAGAACUGAAAGAGCAUUACCUGGCAAAGGCUGUGGCAUAUCUGACCUCCACCAGCGAGGCUCUAGCUCCAGCAAGAGUAGAGGUGCUGCAGAUGAAGAGAGAGUUAGGAGAGGGUGAGCUGUGGUACCUGGAGGUGAUUCAGUGGGCUACGGACCACCUCUCUCAGGAUCAACUAGAUGGCCUGCUCAUGAAGGUUGAGGAUGAUGUGAAGAAAGACAAAUCCCACUUUGACCGAAACCAGCGUGAAAGACCUAAAAGCUUUCUUGAGAGACACUUGCACUCUCUGCGGGCUCUGCAGUACGCCAUGCACACCUCUAUGAGUGAGAUGAAGGACGCCUACAAGGAGCUCAACGCUGCCAUGACGACACUGAAAGGUGACCCCAGCCAGGACCUUAUCAACAAAACUGUUGAGUGCUGCCUUAGACCCAUAGCAGAGGUACUCAACAACUGUCCAUUUUGCAAGACAAGGGAAGCCUUUGAGAGUUAUGAAUCCAGGCUUUUUGCCUUUAUUGAGAAAGACACUGUGAGGCUGGGUCCAGACGUUGGUGGUUUCAAGGCCAACAGAGAGGGGACCUGGGCAGACAGCGAUGCUGAGAAAGCCCUUAAGAGUAUUCUGUCCUUCGCCAAAUCUUAUGGAGUUUCAGGGGAGCUGGUGGAAUAUGGCACUUCCCACUUAAAGUAUCUGGAGUCCUUGAAAAAGGAGUACAAGAAACUGCGUGCCAACUGGGCAGGUAAGAAGGAACACGUUGCCACCUUUGAUGAGCUGGACAUGUGCACUACACGCCUGAGACUGAGGCUGCCAGACGAACCAGAACCUGAAAUUCCCCAGCCUAACGUGCUUGACAGGACUGAGCUUGCUCAGCAUGGCAUGAAGCUGAUGUCAGACCGGAUCAUGGCAAAUGGAGAACUGAGGAGGAAACUUGGCCAGUUGAUCUACCUGACCAACCUGGCAAAGAAUCAUGUGAACAUACAAGAUGGGAGCAACCCAGAACCUUGCCCUAUAUGUCAGCAAGAACUAGGAAAAAAUUGGAGCGUGAUGCAGUGUGGCCAUUGCUUCUGUAUGGACUGCAUGAGGAUCCUGCAGGAGCGAGCCAGCUUCGGGCGCCAGAACUUCUGCGUCAAGUGUGCCAUCUGUCGCCAGUCCACCCACCAGACUGAGAUCUCAUACGUCGUCACCUCACAGAAAUAUGAGCAUGAUGAAUUGAAAGUCAAGGGUAGCCAUUCCACAAAGGUAGAGGCAGUUGUAAAAUGCCUGCUGAAGAUCAGAAAGGAAGACCCCACAGCAAAGUCACUUGUCUUCUCCACAUGGGUGGAUGUGCUAAGUGUUAUUGCCAAGGCUCUCGGUGAAAAUGACUUGAACUACAGGGCACUGUAUGCAUCAGGAAAAUUCCAGUACAACCUAUCAGCCUUCAAGGAGAAUCCAGAGGAUACCAUCCUACUGCUGCCCGUGCACUCCGGCGCAAAUGGGCUCAACUUGAUUGAGGCCACGCAUGUGAUUCUUGUGGAACCCGUUCUGAACCCUGCCCAGGAGCUGCAGGCUAUUGGUCGUGUUCACCGCAUAGGCCAGACCAGGCCCACAUAUGUGCACAGGUUCUUUGUGAAGAAUACUAUAGAGCAGAAGAUGUACACCCUGUUGAAGUCCAUAGACGUAACUCCCAGUAUGGGCAAGGCCUCCGAGGAGAUGUCCCUCACUAUCGGCGACAUUUCCGCCCUAUUCUCACAGCAGAUGGAGGCAGUGGACAGGGAGGGUGUGGCAAGUCCACAGACUGACGACUCUGGGGGGUUAGGGGAAGAUACAGGUCAGGGGUCAAGCCAGGAUAUAGGUCAGUGGUUAGGGCAAGAUGCAGAUCAGGGGUCAAGUCAGGAUAUAGGUCAGGGGUUAGGGGAAGAUAGAGGUCAGGGGUCAAGUCAGGAUAUAGAUCAGGGGUUAGAGGAAGAAACAGGUCGGGAUAUAGGUCAGGGGUUAGGGGAAUAUACAGGUCAGGGUUCAAGCCAGGAUAUAGGUCAGGGGUUAGAAGCAGAUAAAGGUCAAGAGUCAAGCCAUGAUAAAGGUCAGAGUCUAGGAUAACAUAUAGAUCAGGGUUUAAGCAGGGAUAUAGGUCAGCAGUCAAAUGAAAAUUUGCAUGAAGGUCAAGGUUCAAGUAGGGAUAUAGGCCGUAGGUUAUGUGAUUACUUAGAUUAGGGGUAGGUCAGGGUUCAAGCAGGGAUAUAGGUCAGCAGUCAAGUGAAAAAUGCAUGUGGGUCAAGGGUCAAGUAGGGAUAUAGGCCAUUGGUCAAAUGAUGACUUGGAUUAGGGGUAGAUCAGGGUUCAAGCAGGGAUAUAAGUCAGCAGUCAAGAGGAAAUAUGCAUGUAGGUUAAGGGUCAAGUAGGGAUAUAGGCCAUAGGUCAUGUGACUUAGAUCAUGGGUCAAAUUUGGAUAAUUCAGGGGUCAAGUCAGGAUAUUGCUCAGGGCUCAAAAGGAGAUCAUUAUUCUAGUUAGAAAAAAGGUCAAGGAUUAAUUCAAUUAAUUGUUGCUAAGAGAAAUUAUUAACUGGGGCAGAGAUAUAGUAAUUUCUUGAUGAAGACAUCUACUGUUGUGAUGUGACUACUAAAUGGUAGAUUGGACAAAAACAAGGUGGCACUGGUUAACCUGACCAGCAGUCGUCCAGAAUCGCAAUCCCAGCGCAACUUUGUGUUAAAAGAAUCCUAAGUGUGCACACUAUAUACAAUAAUAUACAUGUAGGUCACAAGGCAUCCAAAAUCACAUUUAUGUACAUGUACAUUGGAAUCAUUGUUGCGUGUUCCACAAUAGAUGAUAAUCAUGUGACAAUUUAGAUUGUGAUCAACAUUCCUCUCUUCAUUUCUUUUGUUGUAUUGUUAAUCAAUGUCAUCAAAAUGUUUGUUGGCCCAUUAAACAACGGCUGUCAGAAUAUGAAUAUAAUAUACAGUAUAGUUGUAUAAUGGGCGGAGUGAUACUAAAUUUAGAGGGAUUACAGUACUUCAUCAUCAGACUCAUAGAAGCAUAUGGGCAAUCAAGGGCAGGUACAUUCGGAACACCUCGGACAUUUUCCAUCGAAAACAAUCUCGGAUGUAUAUUGCCGGUUUACAAUGUCAGAAAUUUUAACAUUUAACUACGCUGCAAGAAGAUCACGUAGUAAUUUAGAUUUAGCAGUUAAACUUAAUGACUUUACUCUCGGGAAUCUGAAUUAUUUAUGUACUAAUUCAAUUCACUGGCAAUCAAUCUAAACUUAGAUUUACAAAAUACGCGUUAAAACACUACAAUUUAAUUUAUUAAAAAUUUUACAAACUACUUCUACUGUACCGGCGUACAUACGAUGUUGUUUUCGAUGGGAAAUAGCCGAGAUGUUCCGAAUGAGUGAGGGAAAGAGUUAAAGAAAUAGUGCACGAGGUGAAUGGAGAAUUUGCUGAGUCAUUCAUAAAUUCGAAAUCCAUAUCGGGUGUCUGGGUGAGAAUGUUUUUUAAGUGUAAAUACAUCUGAAUUAUAACAUAUGUAUGUGAUGCACGGUGUUGCGUGAACAUGCACUUUUGUAAAACGACGGGUGUUGUAAUUCAUACAAUGCAGAAAUGUGCAAUUACAUUAACUAUUGUGAUACAUCUUUAACGUGUGGUUGUUUAUUUUGUUAUAGUAUCUACAUAUCUUUGUACCAUAUAAGUCCAUUUACCUAUGUCAUCAUGAUAUAACAGUGCGGGUAUGCACCUGGAUUUGUGUUGUUUAUUAAUGUUAUAAACUUGAA